AUGGCGGCCUAUCAAGUGGGACAGCUCGUCGAGAAGAUGUCCAAUCCAGACAAGGUUGUUUCUGGGAGCGAAUUUCAUGGAAGAGCUCGAAAUGUUGAAGGACUUCCGUUUCAUGGCGAUCAACGACUUGAUGCACUCCCUGACCGAGUCCAACGCCCUCGUCUUGGACGAAGAUUCCGCCGCCAAGGCUUAUUUUUCAGAAUCUUUCUUUUUGGGAAAUGUUCAAGUGUGUAAUGGGGAUAUAACUUGAUCGAGAUUCCUUUAGAAAGAUUUUCAAUCUCUUUUCUGUGAAAGCAGAGCUAUUUUUGAUUUUUUUUUUUUUAAAAGGGACGUAGAAAAACGAAAUCCAUAUUCUUCUACAGCACAUAUUGAACUUUAGUUUUGUCUUUUCUUCAGCGCUGCUUAAUAAGCGAAAAGAAGAAAUUGAACUCUUUCCCUUUUAACCUCUUUUGAUGUCGAUGAUUCAGCAGAAAAUCUCAAAGAACGGAACUAAUGUAACAAAAUGUUUCUUUAGAUACUCCAUUUAAAUCAUGUUGUUAAAGAUUAGGUUUUUUUCUUCUACAAUUUCCUCUUAUUCAGGUGGUGAGAGCUCUGGUGAAGUUGUUGGAAGAUCAGACGGGAGAAGUUCAAAACUUGGCGAUCCGAUGUCUCGGAGUUCUUACCCAAGCCAAUAAAUUACGACAGACACAGGUAAAAAAGUCGAGCUUCUCUCGAAAAACACUUGUAUUCUGCAAACAUUUUUUUUGAAGGUUGAAUGGCUUGUGGACGCGAUUAUUCCGCAGCUCAUUCGGAAAGACGACCCCGUGCGCGACGUUUUCACCAUGGCUUUGAAAAAUGUCCGUUUUCAGCUUUUUUUUUCUACAAAAAUUCCUCUCUAGUCUAUUUUCAAAGGGCACUAGAUAUUGGGAGGUUCUGAAAAAAAUCUUUAACCCUGUUCAAUGAAAUUUUUAAUACUAUAAGUAUAACAUAAUGAUUGAACUGAAAAAAUAUUCCAAAUUUUUUUUGAGGAUUAAGAAAAACCUGUCCCUUUUUUCAGGUCAAUGGAGUUAUUGUUUUGACCAAAAAUAGCCAAGAAAAUCGUCCCCAAAAACGGUGGAAACAAAUUUCAAAUCUCGAAAGAUUUUGCUCAAAAUAAACGACCGAUGGUUUAGGUUAUAACGAAUCUGCCGCCUGCCGGACAACACGGGAGUUUCAGCGCAGCCAUAGCCAAGAAAAUCGUCCCCCGACUCGACCAGCAUCUCAGUACUCAUCCGCUUUAGAUGCACUUCAUAUAAUCUUCCUGUUCAGUGUCGAAAACCGACGAGACGGUGAAGAUCGAGGUGAUCGAUCUUCUGGGCGAAGUUCUGCUCCGCUUCGGCGACGUCACCAUCGAGUACCAUAACGAAGUGCACGCGGUCCUCCUCGAACAGCUCAAAUCGUCGCGACAGACGAUCCGCAAACGUUGCAUCAACGCCUUCGGAUACCUCGCCGCCGUCGCCUCUUCCCAGCUCUAUGACGUCAUCGUCGCCGGUCUUCUCGAUAAGUUCGUUCCUACCGCAAAGCCUGGACAUUCCAGACGACAACGGAUCUCCCAGUGUCGUUUCGCGAUCAAAACGAUUAUUAGAUAGAAGGGUUCUCUUUAGGGGUGCUGUAAAUGCUUAAGUGACUUCUCCAUUCUGUCAGAACAAAAAGAAGUUUCCAAAACAUGCGCACGCUGAAAAAUAGCCAAACGAGCCGUGAAAACUCUAUUUAGCUUCAUUUUGCGUUUUAAAGUGGUCACUAAAGAGAGAAGGAAAGAUUUCAGUCUGAAAAACGUGUUACAAAAAGUCUGGUUGACGCAGAAGUUAAAAAUAAAACAAAAAGCCACCUAUAAGGUUUUAGUUUAUAAUGAUGUUUUAAUCCUGACUUCUAGCGAAAACACAAAAAAAAACGAUUUUUUGCGAUUCUCCUGCCAUUUCAAUUUUUCCGUGGACUUCUUCUUUUGUAUUUCAUCUGAUAAAAACCUUUUUUUUAGAUUGGGCACCGCCAAAGGCCCCAGCACUUGCCGAACUUACAUAGUUGCUCUAACUUUUGUGGCCAAAUCCAGUGGAGCCAAGUUUUCUGAUCACCUUUCCAAGGUUUUAAGUGUUUUGAGGAGUUUAUUCGAGACGAGACUUCAUUCAGGUCGUUCCAUAUUUGAUCCAGUUCCUUCGGUCUUCGGAAGACGACGAGUUGAAGGAGAGUUCUCUUCAGGGACUCGAAGUCUUCCUUUAUCGGUGUCCCAGCGAAGUCGCCUCCUUCCAGACCGACGUUCAACAAGUUCGUCAAGGAAAUUUGAGAAUAAAAACUGUUGAGUAUCACCUUGAACCUCCAUAGAAGCUUAUGAACUUUCAAAAAAAAAGCUCUAAUUUUUAGUUCGAAUAGAAAGGCUGCCUGAGCAUCUGAUUUUGAAAAAUAAUUUUGGGCCUACAUUUAUAUAGUGAGAGCUCAAAUUAUGACAUUAGGAAACACUUUUCGAAACAGGGGAUUUUUAUUCUUUUUUUCUUCUGAAUUUUAAAGAAGAUCAUCCUUUUUUUAAUAUUAGGGUUAGCUCUUCGAGUCGAACUUUACCUUCAUUAAAUUGAAUAGAAGGAAAAGUUUCUUCUCUUUCUUUCACACAGUACAACAGUGGCUCUAUGAGGAGAUAUUUAUUAUCAACUUCUGAAACUUUCUGAGAUUGCUCAUUAAUUUCAUCAUAUUUUUCGGAUUUUUUCGGUUUUUGUGUACUUGGAAGAUGGAUACAUGGCUUUCCUGGAAUUUUCUCCGAAAGUUUUCAUUCAUCCAUUUUUCUUCUUUCUCCAGGUUCUUGCCGCGAAUUUGUCUUUCGAUCCCAAUUACGAAUACGGCGAAGAUGACGACGAUGUGGAUAUGGAAUCGGAAGGUUCGGAAAAUGUUCGAUUCUCUCAUAGUUUUCAUUUGCAGGAGAAGAAGAAGAAGGCUAUUCGGACGACGAGGACGUUUCCUGGAAAGUUCGACGAGCUGCCGCCAAGGCGAUUGAGGCUAUGGUUUGUUUGACAGUUUCCGGAUUUUUUUCUAGUAAACCGUAGUUUUCUGGUUUUUGUGCUGUCUGAGUCUCCUUGGAAAGUAAUCUUAUCGAAAAAUAUUUCAGCUCUGCUAGUGAAUUGAAGUUUUUUUAGUGUCUCGAAAAGUAUUUCAAGUCUUCUAGCGAAAUAUUCUGAGCCUCUAAGAAAAUUUGAGCUUCUUAAGGACCUCAUAUUCUUGGUCUGCUUAUAGGAAAACAGUUUGAAUGUCUUAGAAAAGUAUUUCAAGACUCCUAGCAAAGAAGUUUCAGAUUGUGUCGAGACGGGAAAACCUCCUCGCCUCGAUCACCACCCUCGGACCUCUGCUCAUUUCAAGAUUCCGCGAACGAGAAGAAACUGUUCGGAAUGAGAUCCUCUCGGCCUACAUCGCCCUUCUGUCUCAAGUCAUCUUCUCCCUGCCCAACAUCGACAAAGCGGUCGUGGUUGGACUCUCUCCAGGACUUUCCCACUCAAAACCUCUUUUUGAGACGGAUUCCGAUGGCGAAAUGCAUGAAGACGUCGUCCAGUUCGGCAAUAGAAGAUUCUCUUCUUCGGUCCUUUCUUCCGAGCAGCUUUCCAUCAUCGGAGCUCUUGACGAGCAGAAAGAUCGUCUCAUCAAGGUUCCCAAGUUUCUAUUUCUGAUUGGAAUCUGGGCAAAAAAUCUAAUUAUAAACUUGCACAAGCCACUCACAAAUUUCAAUAAGAUAACGCUAACAGCUUCACAAAGCGCCAAGUUGGAUGAUAAUCUGGUUUUUUAUGAAUUCGGUAUCUAAAGUUGAUAGUUAUAAGUAAAGGACAGUUCGAGUGUAAGCUUUUCAGAAAGAUUCCGGGUUUCACGAUAAAAUUGAAGUUUUUCAUGUUUUACAGCAUAUUGCCGUUUUUCUCCAGCUUGAAAACAUUUGAAACAAAAUUCAGUCAAUUAACCAAUCAAUUACAGCUUAUAAAAAAAUCGAUGUUUUGUUUUUCGUAUCGUUUGAAUUUAGCAGACUCAAGCUUGCCAAAAAAGUUAGAAGAUUGCGAUUUCAAAUCAAAUCAUUUAUUUUGUUGUUUUAGUCCGAUGUAAUCGACUAGGCGGUGAACAAGAACUUUAAAAGCUAUAACGAACAACCGCCUUUGGCGAACUAGAAGUCCAAACGUGUAGUCGAAAGAGUUGAAAGCAUGGUCUUACGGUCCUUCAUCUCGUCCUUCUGCGCGUAGUUCAUCCAAUUGCGCCUUGACGAGCUCAGAAUGUAGCGGAUGGUGUAGCUGGAGCCCGGAGACCGUGCUCUAGGUGGAAGCCUCAGAAUGAGAGCGACCACUUCGAGUGAAGAUUUUACACGGAAUGAAGAUUUUACACGGAAUGAAGAUUUUACACGGAAUGAUUUCAAUUUCGAAGAAAAAAUAUUGCAAGUUUAACAGUCUGUCUCUGAAUUUUCAAAAAGUCUCAAAAGCAAAGAGUACAAAACAAAUUUCAUUUUUUGAUUUCGAUGAAACUUCAUCCAGUGUGAUAACCCAUCCUCAGAAAUGCGAUCGCAACUUUUUGAGCCUUUUCCUCUUACUGUAGCCGGGUUACGGUAGGCAGGUGGGCACCUGCGUAUCUAAGUGUUGAAGAGUGUUUACUAGGUAAAUGAUAUAUCAAUCGAUAGGUAAUCCAAUUUCAGGAUCUUUUACAGUAAACACUAUGUUGGAUUACUGUAGAAAUUUUCAAGAUCCGGUAUUUUUUGUGUGUUAAAAAGUCGGUUUUUCGGCCACCCUAGUCAUCGCCAUAGAAUCGCAUUGUGAUUGCUCUCAUGGAAUAUGUCUUUCGGUAUGCUCUAAACGAUGCCACAAAAAAAGUUAGAAUUUCCAAACCCGUCAUCUCGAGAUUUAACUCCGAACGCGCGCAAUUUCGCACUUGGCGGCCAGGGUUGCUCGGGGUUGACGAUUUUUCUUAUUUUUAUUUUGUUAGAUUUUGGUAUUACACUUUUUUUAAAUGGUACAACAGUGUAUUAUCUAUCAUUCGAAGGGGUUAUAAUAUAUACCUUUACGCUACAUUUUUGGCAGAAGCUUCGUUUUCAACUCCAUUUUGACUUGAAAAAGCAGGAUUCGCUCUGAAAAUAUCGCUUUUUAAAAAAUUCCGAGAAAUCCGCUGAGCAUACAUGGGAUGAGCAUGACCGUUCGUCCGAUCGUAUAAAAAAACAUACGUUCAUUUAUAAAAAAUCAAUAUUUUUUUCUCCGUUUAAAAUGUUCGGAAAAAGAAAAAAACAGGGGGAGGGAGACUUGGCUGUUGCCAGUCAUGCUCAUCCCAUGUAUGUACGAUACGAAAAAUAAAAGAUCGAUUUUUUUAUAAGCUGUAAUUGAUUGGAUAACUGACUGAAUUUUGUUUGAAAUCUUUUCAAGCUGGAGAAAAACGGCAAUAUGCUGUAAAACAUGAAAAAUUUCAAUUUUAUCGUGAAAUCCGGAAUCUUUCUGAAAAGCUUACACUCGAACUGUCCUUUACUUAUAACUAUCAACUUUAGAUACCGAAUUCAUGAAAAAACGAGAUCAUCAUCCAACUUGGCGCUUUGUGAAGCUGCUAGAGUCAUCUUAUUAAAAAAAUUUUUUUGUACACGGUGCUUUUGAAACUUUUUGAAAAUUACAGAGAUAAAAUGUUACUUUUUAUCAUUUUCAAUAGGUAAUCAUUUUUUCAUUGUGACUUUAUUGUUGAAAAAGUUUUUACCUUUUUCAAAGGUACAUGAACAAGUCAAAAAAAUCAUGGGUAAUAAAGUCAAUAGACUAUAUAAAUUUUUGAAAAUUCAAACAUCUGUUUGGAAGCUAUUUUUUAUUUAUUUUUUAUAUAGUUCGACUUUUUUUGAUGACGUGGAAGGCAAACUGAACAGUAGUUAUCAUUCCAAUCAUCAUGUUUUUUGAGUAUGAAUGGAUUCCUUUACUAAAAAAACCAUUUUUAGGCACUCAUCCGACUCUUGCGCCGCAAUGGAAAAAGCUCAGCCAGAUGCCUGGAACUGCUCAGCGCCCUUGUCCAGUUCGACCCUUUUCUCGCUCCAAAUGGAUUCGAAAUGAACUAUUUCAGAGCGUAUCCAGGUGUUCUGGAAAGCUAUUUCCCGGAAGUUCUUCCCGGAGUUUAUAGAACUUUGACCGAAAAAGCAGCUUCGGCUCAGAGCAAAAUGACCGCCUUGGCUUUCAUUUCUCGUCUUUUAGAAAAUCAUCAGCCUCAGGUUUUUUUUUCUUGGAUUUUCAAGGCAUACUUAAGAUCAACAAAUAAAAAUGUUUCUUCAUAACUUUAUCGGAGUUUCAUUUGUUCAUAUAUCAUCCGUCACAACCUGAAACUGCAUAGUUUCUCUUCUUUUCCUCGGAAAUCCUUUUUUCACGUGCUAUUUUCACAUUUUACCUUUCUGUUGAGGGAAAAGAGAGCGCAGACAGGUUAGAAUGUUUCAAAUCGUGGCGACUAUUGCAUUUUUUGAACUGAAUUUUUUUGUAGGCCUUCCAAAAUGAGAUCGGAAUGAUCAAUGACGUCAUCGUCACGGCUAUUGAAGAUCCAUUCUACAAGGUUUUUCUUUCUGUCCUCACAUUAUUUCUUAUCCUUCCCCUCGUAGAUCUCUGGAGAAGGACUGGUUCUUUCUGUGAAAUUUGGUGAAGUCGUCAAAGCCUGCACAAAUGCUGGAAAAGUCAUCGAGAAGCUUUUCAAUUCGGCCAAUAGCAAGUACAGUGCGAAUGACACUGAUCAGGUUUCCGAAAAAAACGGCUUUUUAUCUGAAGAAAAAGUUGUUUGAAGGAUGUUCGAGAACGGUCGAUUAUUGCUGUGGCUCAUCUCGUUUCGACGUUCCCCGAGGAGCUUAAGAAACAGGUACAUUAUUGUCGAGGCAUUUUUCAAUGACAUGGUUCAGACGCCAGCCGUGUUGGAGAAGCUGACAGACCGGAUGAAGCGCGAAAUGACGUGUCUUAUCGCGACGCGAGCUUUCGGCGAGAUCGCUUCCUCUUCAGUCGCCAUAGACCCUGCGACGAUCGCCCAUGUCCUCACGCAAAUGGCCGAUUUCGUCCGGAAAUCGCCGCGUUCCUACCGUGUAAGAGUUGUUUGGAAGGGAAAUACGAGCCCAAAAUUCAACUCAUAGCUUUUUUGUAGGGAUCAUCAUUUUCUCGUUUACAAAGUUUGUACAAGUGCUUUUUAAAAGUAAAAAAAAAGGAAAUCCGAAGCCUGAAAAUGGCUGUCCGAAUCAAAGAAAACGUUCAGAACUGGACGUAAAAUCGAAGCUGAAUUUUUUCUCAACUAGGAACGAAGAGAAGCAAUUUUCUGCACUCUAGGUCUAGAAUAAUGGAAGAAACAGUUAUUUUCUGCCGAAAAGCAGAGGUUUCUUUUCAGUUGGCUUCUCUGUCGCUUGUCGAGUCGCUCAUGAAGACCCACGACGAGAGGAUCCCUUCAAAGGAAUUGACCAACGUUUGCUUCAAUAUCGAAAUUGUCUGGUAUUCGUGAUUCUGUUCAGGUUUUCAAUGAAGUCACGGAGCUGAUCAGCGAGAACGACCUUCAGAUUUCCCAUCAGGCGCUCCGAGUCUUGGCUUGUCCGUUUCCCAUCUACAUCUCAUAUAUUUCAAAAUAAUAAAAUGGCUUAAAUACAAAUUCUCCCAAUAGCCGAAAAUCAAUCAGCAGUAUUUUCGGUAUUCAGAUGGAUUCAACAAAUUUCCGCGUCAAAUCGAAAUCCAUCUGCAAAAGAUUCUGAAACGCGUCGUCAUUCUCCUGCAAUCUUCACUCCUUCAAGUUGGUCCUCGACCUCUGAAUUUAUGGUUUUUGCCAUUCUAGGGAGUUACUCUGAACGGUUUGAUGGACAUGCUGGUGAGCAUCGUCACCUCGAAAAUUUCGAACAAGCCGAAGUUCGAGGUGCGUCUUUCUUCUUGGAAACGUCUUCAAGCAGGAAUUUACAGGAGCUGCUGGACCAUCUGACCGCCCCCGUCUACGACAAGACCCCCCUCGCCCGACAAUGCUACUCGGCGAUUUCUACCGCGACCGCGGUCGUCGCGACGGCGACCAAAGACCUUCCGUUGGGCUGCACUUUGGCCCAGAAACUCGCCGAACAGUUCCUCGAUAAAUGUUCCACUGAGCCCAUUCGUCUCUUCGCCCUCGGGACUAUCGGAGAGCUCGGACGACGUUUCCCGGCUGUCUAUGACGGAUCCCAGAUUGAGUAGAGUGAUAUCAUUGAUUCUCGUUUGGAAGCUUAAAGAACCGAAAAACCAUAUUUGAGUUUGACAAUAUCCGUAGAAAUCUUAUUCACAUACCCUUUUCCGUACCGUACCGUCCGAGAAGAUACGAAAAACGCGACUUUGGUGACAACUUUCUCGUAAGGAAUUCAAUCUUGCUGAAAGUUUCUCAAGCUGCGUUCGUAUUCUGUGAACUAAAUCUUCAUCAGAGGUUUAUAAAUAACAGCCAUCACAACUCCAGAAAGUUUCAGAAAGAUUGAAUUCCUCACAAGAAAAAUGUGUCCGAAACCUCUUUUUUCGUAUAUUUUCUGAUGGCACUGCAUCUUCGCGGAAAUUCAAAAAUUGACAAACGUCCAAUUUUUUUUCUAAUAGCUUUGAAAAAAAAUUUUGGAUCUUUUCGUUUUGAUCUCUGUUUUAUCCUGAUUUUCUUUUGCUGCAGACCAGAGAACUUGGCGAUGGGAGCUUUCGAAACGGGUUCCGAAGACCUCAAAGCUGCUGCUGCUCAUGUAAAUCUUUCGGAAGCGUUAUUUGAACCCAAUUGUCAUUUCAGGCCCUGGGAGCCUUGGCAGUUGGAAAUCUCCACAAGUUCUUGCCGUUCAUUCUCAAACAGAUUCAGUCUCAGCUGAAACAUCAGUAUUUGCUUCUGCAUGCUUUGAAGGAGGUUUAUAAGGCCUUCUCAUAUUUCGGAACCUACAUUAUUCCCAUCAGAUCAUCUUGUGGGAAUCGACCGAAUCUCAAGGUUCGACGGAACUUUUCCGAUCGGCCAUCAGCGACAUUUGGCAGCUUCUGAUCGCCAGCACUGGUGGAAACGAGGAAGGGGCCAGGUCUUCAGAGAAUCGGAAUUCAGUGUUGAGAGGAAUUGUUCAGAGGGAUCGUUGCCGAAUGCCUUGGAAGACUUUGCGCCUUCGAUCCUCCCACUUUGCUUCCUCAUCUGAAGGUAGCAUAUUUGGCAGAAUCAAAACUUUUGGUUAAAUAAAAAUUUGGACUUUUAAGCGCGCGUUUGGCCAGGUCUGAGAGAAUCAUAAUCACGUCGGGACGAAGGAAAAUUUUUCUAUAUUAUACUAUAUUUUUUUCUAUAUACUAUAUUUAUUAUUCAAGUUUUUUUCAAAAUGUACAUUACACGAUUUGAAUCUUAAGAACUUUAUUUCCGAAUCGAGCUAUUUAACUUAAAGUCCAGAAAAGUUCAAGUCUUUGUCCUUUUAGAAGUUGACGCCUACAAUAUUAAUGAUAUUGGGAGUUUAAAAAAAGAUGUUUGUCGGUUCGCGAAACUGCCGUUGAUCAAGAACGGUGCGUAGAUCAUCCCGUCCUUUUCGAAAUAGUAGCAGACGGUUUUCGAGUGUUCCGACGAUCAGCUGCGUCUCCAUGUAGGCUCAGCUUGUCCAGGGCUGGCGGGGUGUCGGAUUAAACCUCUUGCAAAAAAGGAAGAUUCCGGAGGUGGAAGUUAGAUAAUACAUCCGAGAAAAAAAAAUUGGGAACUUUCAAGCUUUAUCAAAGUCUUUCAGGACCUCGUUCAUUCACCGAACGGCAUUGUCCGCGCCACAGUUGUUUCCGCCGUCAAGUACCUGAUCAACGACGACAAACGCGCCAAUGACCCGACUUUGCAAAAGACGAUUGGUAUGGAGCGACUCUUUGUGAAGAUUUUGAAAUAUAUUGUUACAAACUUUUCCAGAAAACUUCCUGUCUGCCGUGAAAGACGACGAUUUGAACGUCCGACGAGCGGCUUUGGUUGUAUUGAACUCGGCUGCUCAUAACCGACCAGCUCUGGUUCCAAAUCAACUUUGAACUUUAUCAGAAAAAAACUGUGUUCGAACAGAUCCGCGACCUUUUGCCACACUUGCUGCCGGCCAUCUACAUCGAAACUCAGCUGAGGACGGAACUCAUCCGAGAGGUCGAGAUGGGUCCCUUCAAACACCAGGUCGACGACGGCCUCGACCUCCGCAAAUGCGCUUUCGAAUGGUUUUUUCUAAUAGUUCCUGGGGCUAGUUCCCCCUAAUAUAGCAUUUGCUACUGUUAAAUAAUACUCCGAUUUCUCAAUCCUAAUUUAUAGCUGCUCCCGACCUUGAGCUGUUUUUGUUCUAAACUAAUGACGUUCUAACAAGAAAACUUUUGAAACCGUGAAGUUCUGAGGAUUUUCUUUUGCGACAUAACCAUUAUCGGUUGUGAAAAACGAAAGAUUUUUGGAGCUUGAUUUCUUGGAUUGUUUUAAAUAGUUAUAAAAUCGUUUCAAGUAUGUACACCCUGCUGGAGAACUGCAGCGACAAGAUUGACGCCAACGAGUUUUUGGCUGUCAUGGAAGUUGGACUCAAAGUUGGUUCAUGUUGGAUCGCACCGAUUUUAUCUAUUUUUCCUAGGACCCUAGCCACGACGUCCGACUUUUGAACUACCUUACCCUGCAGAAAAUCGCCGUCUUGGCGCCUGGCCAAGUCUUACAGAGACUUGAGAAGAUUUGCGAGCCGUUGAAAGUUUGUUUCAGAGAUUUAUUGGGUAAAAACUGACCUAAGAAAGUUGAGAAAAAGCAAGUUUCACUCAAAAGUAGAGAAUAAGUUUCAAAAAAACUUGAGAGGUUUUUUGGGGGUUUUUUUUUAAAUAAACCUCAUUUUUAUUUAAACAAUAUUUAUUCAAAAGUUUUUUUUUUCAGCAACAACUGACGAGCAAGCCGAAGGGUAACGCCGUAAAACAGGAGCUCGAAAAGCUCGAAGAACUGAAGAAGGGCGCCAUCCGCGUCAUUUUCACCCUCAAAGUAGAUCCCGUCUAUUUUCUGUAAUCGUUUCAAAUUUAUCUUGUUCAGCGACUUCCGGACGUCGAACGACAACAGCAGUUCGUCGAACUCCACAACACCAUCAAGUCUAAUAAGGAAUUGAGAGUGAGUUUCAACGGACAUCAGUUCAAGUGUCUCCAUUGAAAAGUUGCGAGGUAAAAAGAGUAUUGUGGCGGAAAAGUCAAAUAUCUGGUCGAAAAGGCUCUAAGUUCACGACUUUUUCGCUAAUAAUGAUAAUGAUUUAUUUCAUUCACUCGUUUGAACGAUAUUUCCAGAAAAUUCUUUUAAAAACUCAACUGAAAGUCAGUUUCAAGCCGUCAAAAAAGGCUAGAGGCAAAAAAGGCUACGCUCCAUGGGCAAAAACGGAAAUUUGGGGUUUUUUUUUAUUUCAAAGCAACUUGAAUGAUCUUCCCCGCUUUUCCGCUUCACAGACGAUAUAAAAAUUCAUACUUUCUCUCUCAUUACAAGCCCUCAAACAAUAGCAUGGAGCGCAACGUAAAAAAGCGCGCCAGAUUUCGAUUGAUUCUGAAUUAAUUGUUUCAUAAAGUUGAGCCACCCGAAAGACGCUCGAAAAAUCAGUUCGAUGUGCUCAAUGAAGUUCCUCAAAGUUUAAAUUAUCUUUUAUUAAAAAGCGUCUCAAUGCUAAAAGUAAUAUGAUUUGCUUUACUCUGAAUUUCUGAAGAAUUUUUUUUUUAUCAAAAAUUUAUUUUUCUCUAUUAUUUUCACUUCAGGAAGUCGCUGACGCGGUCGUCAAGGAAUCCCAGAGAGCCGUCGUCUAUGACGUUCCGAUGGAAGCUUGA